AUGAAGGCUGCUCUGUUCCUUUCCGCUCUCGCCUCAGCCGCCGUUGGCGUUGUUGCUGAGGAGCUCAAGAUCGAUGUGACUCUUCCCGUUGUUUGCGAGCGCAAGACACAGAGGGGAGACAAGGUUCACAUGCACUACCGUGGUACCCUCAAGGACUCGGGCAAGCAGUUCGAUGCUAGCUACGAUCGCGGUACUCCCCUUUCCUUCAAGGUCGGUUCUGGCCAGGUUAUCAAGGGAUGGGACGAGGGUCUUCUUGACAUGUGUAUUGGUGAGAAGCGAGUCCUGACCAUUCCCCCUGAGUUCGGCUACGGCCAGCGAGCCAUUGGCCCUAUCCCCGCCGGCUCAACCCUAGUUUUCGAGACAGAGCUCGUCGGAAUUGACGGUGUCCCCAAACCCGAGAAGAUCGAGACCAAGGUCGUCGAAGGCGCCGAGUCUGCUGCCGAGGCCAUCAGCGAGGCUACCGAGGCUGCCGCGACAGCUUCUGAGAAAGUUGCCGGCAAGGUUGCUGAGGCCAUCAUCGAUGCUGCUAAGGCUGCCAAGACCAUUAUCGCUGAUACCGAUGACGCUCCCGAACACGAGGAGCUGUAA